AUGACUUUGCACGUUAACGUUCAGUUCUGUUCAAACAUGCUACUGAAAAUCUUCAUUACUCUUUAUCUACUAACAUUUGGUAUAUUAAUCGUCGAAUGUCGUACUGAUUACAUCGAUAAAAAAUUAACGAAAGAUGUUAUUAUCAAUUGCAAUCGAACAUUGACUAAUGACGAACAAAUAGGUGUUACUACGAUUUGUAAUCAACGUGAAAUGAAGAAAGUGCAAAAUAUGACGGAUAACGACACGAGAUUUUUUGAUGGCAACGAAAUGGAUGAAGGACGAAGAAAGAAGAACAACAAAGGUUAUGGCAGAAUAUUAUUGUACAUGAUUGGUGCUGCCAAAGUUGCAAUACUUUACAUAACUAUACAUGCUAUAGCUACAAUAGCUGCCAAAGCAUUGAUUGUUGCUAAAGUUGCAUUAGCAGUUGCAACUGCUAUUGCAAUAAAAAGAGCAUCUGAACACAGUGACAAGAUAUCUUACGAAAUAGUGAAACAUCCUCAUCAUAGCUACAUACAAACUCACAGUUCGAGUAUCGAUUAUGAUCAUCAUGGUGAUUAUGAAAGUGGAUAUGGUCAUCGUAAACGACGACAAGUUUUUCGACGAUAA